CCUGAAACUUGUCACUUGGGAAGACCUGAAACAUUUGAAGGGACUUUCGAAUACUAUCAAUGUACUAGCAGUCCUUUCCGACGUGUUCAUAGCCGGGGGCCUGUUCUACUACCUCCAUAACUCUCGGACAGGAUUCAAGAGAUCAGACACUAUGAUUAGCAAACUGAUCGUGUUCAGUGUCAGUACUGGACUACUAACAAGUAUCUGCGCUAUCGCCUCCUUAAUCUCGGUGCGCUUUUGUUAUACGAAGUUCCUUCUUUCUACGAUGACAUUACCUCUGUUGAAGAACUUGGUCUGGGGAAAGACAUUGAUAUAUGUGACCUUUUACUUCUGUUUGGGAAGAUUGUACUCGAAUUCCUUGCUCGCAACUCUGAACGCCCGAAAGAGCAUAAGAGGCGAAACGGAGGACGGUGACUCCUCACAAUCGUUUUCUUUGCAGACGUUCCCCGUUCCACGCGGGACUCGGAGGUGCCACAAGCUUCCUAGAUCUCCAAAUACGAAUAUUGCAAUCAAGAUUGAUACCACUCACGAAUUGGUACGCGACUCCGAGCAAGGUAUUCAGUUGGAGAAGGGAGACGGUGCCAAUACAUCUGUCGCAGAGAAGUCUGUUGAAGUGACUGCGGGAGAGAAAAUGUAGUAGAUAGCCGUUUGGAGUCCUGUAGAAUCGACCUUCGUUGGCGAGAGGGCACCUGGUGCCACCCGUCCUCGGCAGCUUAUUGCCGAUUCUCACGAUAGUUCAGUUGCGUUUGCACCGGC